CUGAACAGCUGUCAAGAAUGAGGCUUCGUCAUCCCCCCUUCAUAUUCGUUAAGAAUAUCAAACGAUGGCAGGCCAAGUUCCGCUUCUGGCCCCCAAAGGACGCCUCACCAGUGCAGCCCAUCGAACCAUGGGGUAAACAAUUCUUCGUUUACAACGGCCGACCGAAAGUGGAGCUAAAGGGAGAUCCCCGACGCCCUGACGAAGACAUUUCCCGGCCGAAAUGGUUGCGGGACGAAAUUGCCCUGUCGUUGUUACGUCCAGGAGAGAACCCGAAUGACUUCAUUGUUGCCACACAUGAGAAAGACCUAACGCCUGAGGAAGCCGACGAGAAUGCAGAAUUUCAAGUGGAAACAGUUCUUUGUAUAACUGAUUUUCGACGUCGACCGCUGUGUUACCUCUCGCCGGACGAGUUCAAAAGUCUUAUGGACAACCUACCAGCUGUGAAGCGGGCUAUGGAAGAGUAUAAAGCCAAGAUUCCCAGCACGCGAGUGGACAACGUCGAUGAACUUCAGCGGCUGUAUCAUCCUGAUCGACGGUAUAAGAAGGCCGGCGGCAAGGGCCAGGUGCUCAUACCGUAUCACCGCCAUGGAGAGCAGAUCAUGCCUUUGAAUAUUCCCAAUCACAAGUUGGGACCCUACAAAGAGUGGUAUAAGCAGGCUAAGCCUGACAGAACCCUUUAUCAUUAGACAUGCAGUGGUACACGUGUUUCCGACU